AUGGGAACUUCAGAGUUAGAGCAAACAGAUACGCACUCACAAAUCAAUUGUGUACAACCAGCGACAAGAACUUGGCAAAGGAAAUUUGAUGACGAAGGAAAGAAGAUUGAAAUGUUUAGCAUGACCAUGCAUGAUGUGGUAUCAAUUAUACCCAUGAUUCUCAAGGGAGUGAUGAUAAAUGCCGAAGAAAAGGGAAAAGGCCGAGAUACAAUCUAUGAUAUCUUCAGGAAAUGGAAUGUCAACUGCUGCCGUGGCCUACCCCUUGGUGGGAUAGGUGCAGGAAGCAUCGGGAGAAGCUACAGAGGGUAUUUUCAGCAUUUUCAGAUAUUCCCAGCAUUAUAUGAAGAAAAGCUUAUCCUUGCAAAUCAGUUUUCAGCUUUUAUUUCACGUCCCAACGGAAAGAGCUACUCCACAGUGUUGUCCGCACCCAGUGCUGAUGACCUCAAGGGAGUUGAUAAGGCCGCUAUCGGAUCUUGGGACUGGAAACUUAAGGAGAAGAAUUGCACUUACCAUGCCUUGUUUCCAAGAUCUUGGACAGUAUAUGAUGGCGAACCUGACCCUGAAAUCAAAAUCACCUGCCGUCAGAUAUCACCAUUCCUCCCUCACAACUACAGGGAGAGCAGCUUCCCUGUUGCAGUUUUCACCUUUACGGUGCAUAAUUCUGGGAGCACAGCUGCGGAUGUAACUUUACUCUUCACAUGGGCUAAUUCUGUUGGUGGGCAAUCAGAGCUGACAGGAAAUCACACCAACUCUAAGAUGAUAGAGCGUGAUGGUGUGCAUGGGGUUCUUCUCCAUCACAGGACUGCGGAUGGGCACCCACCAGUGACAUUUGCAAUCGCAUCUCAAGAAACAGAGGACAUCCGUGUCACAGACUGCCCUUUCUUCACGAUGGGAUCUUCCAACUCCGGCGACUUCACGGCGAAGAACAUGUGGGAGGAGAUCAAGAAGCAUGGUUCCUUCAACGAAGCCCGCACCGACAAAGGGCCAAGGGUGUCGAAGCCUGGAUCAUCCAUUGGAGCAGCUGUUGCGUCAGCAACCACGGUGCCAGCUGGGGGAACCCGCGUGGUGUCCUUUGCGGUGUCGUGGUCCUGCCCCGAGGUCAAGUUCCCAGACCGGAAAACGUAUCACAGGAGGUACACCAAAUUCUAUGGCUUCAAUCGAGAUGCAGCUGCAGAGAGCUUGGCUCAUGAUGCCCUUCUUGAACACAUGGAUUGGGAGUCUAAAAUUGAAGAGUGGCAGAGACCUAUUCUGCAAGACAAAAGGCUGCCUGAAUGGUAUCCGAUUGCACUGUUCAACGAACUUUACUAUCUGAAUGCUGGAGGCACCAUAUGGACAGAUGGGCUGCCUCCAAAGAUCAGCGUUGCCUCAUCCGGGACGGGGACUGAGCCAUUCUCCCUUGACGUGUUCCACACAGACCUUCAGGGCACCGCCACCGGCACGAGCAAGACCACGGCGGAUGGCGUCCUGCGUGAGAUGACAUCCGUGACGGAGAAUCUGCACUCGGCCGCAGCAUUUGGUGCAGCACUGCUGGGUGACAGCGAGGAGAAUGUGGGGCAGUUCUUGUACCUGGAGGGGAUGGAGUACCACAUGUGGAACACCUACGAGGUCCACUUCUAUGCCUCCUUUGCGCUGCUCUCUCUCUUCCCGAAGAUCGAACUCAGCCUCCAGCGGGACUUUGCUAGGGCCGUCCUCCUCCACGACCCCCGCCCUAUGCGCACCCUAAACGGGAAGACCGUGUCACGCAAGGUUCUUGGAUCGGUGCCGCACGACAUGGGGCUGAAUGACCCGUGGUUUGAGCUGAACGCUUACAUGAUCCAUGACCCGUCGCGCUGGAAGGAUCUCAACCCGAAGUUUGUGCUGCAGAUUUACCGGGACGUUGUCGCAACAGGCAACGUUGGCUUUGCUAGGGCGACGUGGCCGGCAGUGUACCUGGCCAUGGCCUACAUGGACCAGUUUGACCGGGACCGGGAUGGCAUGAUCGAGAACGAGGGCCGCCCUGACCAGACAUACGACCUAUGGUCCGUGUCCGGAGUAAGCGCCUACACCGGCGGGAUCUGGGUCGUGGCGCUGCAGGCCGCUGCGGCCAUGGCACGCAUCGUCGGUGAUGGAGACACCGAGUGCUACUUCCGCGCGCGGCACCAAAGGGCGAAGCGCGUGUACAAUGACGAGCUCUGGAACGGCACCUACUUCAACUACGACAACAGCGGUGGCAAGACUAGCUCCUCCAUCCAGGCAGACCAGCUCGCCGGGCAAUGGUAUGCUCACGUGUGCGGCCUGGAGCCGGUCGUGGAGGAGGAGAAGGCCCGGAGCGCGCUGGGGACGGUGCUCGACUACAACGUCAUGCGGGUGAAGGGUGGGACAGUCGGGGCGGUGAACGGGAUGCGGCCGGACGGCACCAUCGACAUGUCGUCGACGCAGUCCAAGGAGAUAUGGUCGGGCACCACCUACGCCGUCGCGGCCGGCAUGAUCCACGAGGGCAUGCUGGAGGCCGCGUUCCGAACGGCCAAGGGUGUUCACGACGCCAGCUGGUCCAAAGAUGGCUUCGGGUAUGCGUUCCAGACGACGGAGGCAUGGACGGCGGAGGGUGGCUACCGUGGGCUACACUACAUGCGGCCCCUCUCUGUCUGGGCUAUGCAGUGGGCGUUGUCGCCGCCGGAGCUCCACGAGGACCUCGGGCCGCUGUCCUCACCUGGGGAUGCCUCCAUUGGGCAGGAGAAGUUUGAGAAGGUGGCGAGCAUGCUGAGGCUUCCUGAGGAAGUUGAACACGAGGGAUUCCUCCGGGCUCUAUGCCAUAUUAUCCGGCAGUUGGUGUUCCCAGCAUGAUUCUUGGAGUGCAAGCGUGCAACUCAACAAGUCUGAAAGGGUGAUGUUUUUCUUUUGCAGGGCAUGAAAGAAUGAUGGUAGUUUCACGAAUAAAUCCAUCGGUCAAUGAACAGAAAUGGGCGUGAGGGGUGCCGUUGGAGUGUUCUUGGUCCUCCAGAAUAAAAGAUUGGUUCUUUUACCGUUGGGAUGAUACUAUCGCUUUGCCAUGCCUCCUUUACCUGGACAUACAAGUUCUUUUCUACAUGAUUUACAUCCAUUUGUAUGUGCGGCUGAAGAUAUAACCUGUGUGGCUGUGUUGAUUCAUGACAGAGAAGAUGUGUCUAAGUCUUGUCACAAACAGAGGCCCAAGUGAUUGACCAAAUCAGCCCCAUAAGUUCCUUUGAAAGUCUAAAUUUUCUUCAUUAAG